CUGUAAUAAAACACUCUACUUCUUAAAGCAUCUUUGUCAUAUCCGAAAGCUAUGUAGUAGUCAUCUUGGAUACCAUAUAUUUGACCCCAGAAGAAAACCUUCUUGAAAUGAUUCUCAUUUUGAAGCACAACUAAAGAAUUCAUCAACAAAUUGCACUUUUCUUGGUUUAAUGUGAAACCAGAAGAAGCAUAUAAAUCUAAACAUCUAGGCAAUUGCUCUACCUCCAUUUUAGGCUUCCUUUUUACAUUAAAAUAAAAGUUUUAUCAUUAAUCAGCUGAAAAGAUUUACAAGUCACCUUGAUUGUUUAUCGCGUGCCUCGACAAUUGUUAGUAAGUUAAGCUAUAAUUGCGAAUUGAAAUGUUAAUAAAAUAUUUUGAAAUUGAAAUUGGGCGGGCUUUUUUAGAGUGUGACGUAGUAGUAAAGGAAGUCAGUCGCCAUAUUAAUUUUCUCAUCUGGUUCCAUUUUCUAGAGAUCAGUAAUUCCGUCGUUGUCGUAGCAGGAGUUACCUCACUUGUGAUAGUAACUUUAGGUAUUAGUUUUUUUUUUCCGAAUUUCACUAGGGUAAAUUGUAUGUGUUGUGAGUUAACAAUUUGUUCUAAGAAGAUGGAAAUGUGACAAUUUAUUCGGCUGUUUUGGGAGCUUGGUUUCGAACUGAACGAGAGCCUUGCAUUUCCAGAACCUAGUCAUUUAAGGCGGUGGGAAGAAGAUGGCGGAGGUGGACCCAGAGACACUCCUGGAGUGGCUCAACAUGGGCCAGGGAGACGAGAGAGACAUGCAGCAGAUUGCCCUCGAGCAGUUAUGCAUGUUGUUGCUCAUGUCAGAUAAUGUUGAUAGGUGUUUCGAGAACUGCCCUCCAAGGUCUUUCCUCCCGGCGCUAUGUCGUAUAUUUCUAGAUGAAGGAGCCCCUGAUUCUAUACUGGAAGUAACUGCUCGUGCCAUCACUUACUAUCUUGAUGUAAGCGCAGAAUGUACGAGGAGAAUAGUGGCUAUGGAGGGUGCCGUUAAGGCUAUCUGCAACCGCCUUGUUGUAACAGAAAUGGCAUCACGCACAAGCAAAGAUUUGGCCGAACAAUGUAUUAAGGUUUUAGAACUGAUAUGUAGCAGAGAAGCAGGAGCAGUUUUUGAAGCUGGUGGAUUGAAUUGCGUUCUAUCACUUAUUUCUGAGCACGGUCUUCUAGUUCACAAGGAUACUCUACAUUCUGCCAUGGCUGUAGUUUCAAGGCUCUGUACAAAGAUGGAACCUGCUGAUACUGGCCUCCCGUCAUGCGUGGAAGCCCUUUCUUCACUCUUAACUCACGAUGAUCCACAUGUAGCCGAUGGUGCUUUGCGUUGUUUCGCUUCAUUAUCAGACAGGUUCACAAGAAGAGGAGUUGAUCCAGCACCGCUGGCCGAACACGGCCUUGUCAGAGAACUACUCAACAGGCUUUCAAAUGCUGCCGGUCCAUCGCAGCCAUCAGCUGUUCAGACAGGUACACCAGCUCCAGUAAGCAGUUCCACAACCCCUGAAACAAAAUCUUCAGCAAGUGUUUCUACAAUUAUUAGUCUUCUUUCCACGCUUUGUAGAGGUUCGCCCAGCAUAACCCAUGAUUUACUGAGGUCAGAGUUACCAGACGCUAUUGAAAAGGCCUUAAAAGGAGAUGAAAGGUGUUGCCUAGAUACAAUGAGAUUAGUCGAUCUCCUCUUAGUGCUCCUCUUUGAAGGACGUAAAGCUUUAUCACCAGGCGGAGCGUCGGUCCAUUCCCUUCCUCGGCUGAGAAGAUUAGAUUCGGCAGGAGAAAAGUCCCAUCGUCAGCUUAUAGAUUGUAUUCGUAGCAAGGAUACAGAUGCCCUAAUUGAUGCUAUAGAAAAUGGAGGUAUAGAGGUUAACUUUAUGGAUGAUGUAGGACAAACCCUCUUGAAUUGGGCCUCGGCAUUUGGUACUCAAGAAAUGGUAGAAUUCCUUUGUGAAAGGGGCGCAGAUGUUAACAAAGGUCAGAGGUCUUCUUCCCUGCAUUACGCAGCAUGCUUUGGCCGGCCGGCUAUAGCUAAAGUACUAUUGCAACACGGAGCCAAUCCUGAUCUAAGGGAUGAAGAUGGGAAAACUCCUCUCGAUAAAGCCAGAGAACGAGUAGAUGUCGGCCAUAGAGAAGUCCAGGCAAUUCUCCAGUCCCCCGGUGAAUGGAUGAUGGGCGCAGAGAAUCGUGGGGAAAAUGAUGAACCUCGUGGUGAUCCUGAUAUGGCUCCACUUUAUUUGAGAAGACUCCUGCCCGUUUUAUGCAAUACCUUCCAGGCAACAAUGCUUCCUUCUGUUAGGAAGUCUAGUUUGAACCUUAUUAAGAAGAUGGUACACUACAUCCACCCUUCGUUGCUUAUCGAGGCCUGUAGUCCCGAAUCAUCAACUUACAAUCUGGGUACGAUGCUGGUUGAAGUUAUCGCUACAGUACUCGAUAACGAAGACGACGAGGAUGGACAUUUAGUUGUACUACAAAUAAUUGAAGAUCUGAUGACAAAGGCUCGUGAUAUAUUUUUGGAUCAUUUCGCUCGGUUAGGAGUCUUCUGUAAAGUUGCCCAGAUUGCAGCGGUGACGUCUUCAACGCCAGAGCCAUUGAUAAAAGCCCAGGAUAACGAAUCAGAUGCUAGUCCGGCAGGAGAAGAUGCCAAAGAAAUACUUCCUGGUAAGGCCUAUCAUUGGAAAGAAUGGUGUCUCUGUCGAGGAAGAGAUUGCCUUUAUAUCUGGUCAGAUGCUGCAGCGUUAGAGCUCUCGAAUGGUUCCAAUGGAUGGUUCCGUUUCAUACUCGACGGAAAACUAGCUACUAUGUAUUCGUCAGGAAGUCCCGAGGGAGGUGCGGAUUCUACAGGCAAGAGCAGGAACAGUGAAUCCCUUACUACUGAAGAAAAUAGGGGCGAGUUUUUAGAGAAGCUUCAGAGGGCUCGUAGCCAAGUGAAACCCAAUACAUGUUCCACUCCGAUACUUACAAAACCGGGACCAACAAGAAUUGUUGUCGGAAAUUGGUCUUUGUCCUCCAGAAAAGAAUCAGAACUUCAUAUACACAAUUCAGAUGGGCAGCAGCAAGCAACAAUACUCCGUGAGGAUUUAGCAGGUUUUGUUUUUGAGUCAAAUCGUGGAACUAAACAUUCGUUUACUGCCGAAACUGCCCUGGGUACGGAGUUUGCAGCUGGAUGGUCAGGAAAAAGAGGAAAACGACUUCGUUCAAAAAUGGAAGCGCUUAGGCAUAAGGUGAAGACACAAGCACAGGAAAUUUACGACAAAUAUUUUAGAGCUGCCCAAGCACAGCCAAGAAGUGUAGUUGCAAAACUUGGUGCUAUCGUUGCACAGUUAGAAAGAGCAGUUGAAAAGCAGAUGUGGUCUGUUGGUUCCCACAAUAGAGACAUCGCCUUGGCUGACGCUAUAACUAAUUUAAGUGAAGUGUUGGAACAACAAGUUUCAGCUUACGAAGUACAAAGCAGCGGGCUGGUUCAAGCGCUACUUUCCCUAUUUACCAAUUAUAAAUAUACUGUUAACCUAUUUAAGAGUAAAGUUCAAGAUGGAGGAAACCAAAGAGCGGCUGUGAUUUUAGUUCAUAAAUUAGUAUCGGUCUUAGAAUCUAUAGAAAAACUGCCUCUAUAUCAAUAUGAAUCGCCAGGAUCAUGCUUCGGCCUUCAGAUACUGACUAGGAGGAUACGUUUUAGACUCGAGAAAUAUCCAGGAGAGAGUAGUUUAAUUGAUAGAACCGGUCGGUCGUUAAAGAUGGAACCAUUAGCGACUGUCGCUCAGCUGGAAGCGUACCUUUUAAAAAUGGUCGCCAAGCAAUGGUAUGAUUAUGAUAGAUCUAGCUUUACAUAUGUACGUGCUCUUAAGGAGACAGGAGUCCGUUUAGCAUUUAGGCAUCAGCAUGACUUCGAUGAAAAUGGAAUUAUUUACUGGAUUGGAACAAAUGCUAAAACGUCUGAAUGGGUAAAUCCAGGACAGUUUGGCUUAGUUGUUGUAACAUCAUCUGAUGGACGUAACCUUCCAUACGGUCGUCUGGAAGACAUCUUAAGCCGUGAUUCCUCAGCCCUAAACUGCCACACCAACGAUGAUAAAAGAGCCUGGUUUUCUGUUGAUCUGGGUCUCUGGGUUUUUCCCACUGCUUAUACCCUACGCCAUGCCAGAGGUUACGGGCGAUCAGCUCUUCGAACCUGGCUGUUCCAAGGUUCACGUGACGGUAUCAACUGGGUCACUCUUUCUUGUCAUAACGAUGAUAAUUCCUUGAACGACCCUGGUAGCACUGCAACCUGGGAAGUGGAAGUACAACCAGAAGAACCGAUACGUCAUGUUAGGCUUCAACAAGCAGGCAAAAACGCUUCUGGACAGACACAUUAUCUAUCUUUGUCCGGUUUUGAAAUUUACGGUACAGUUGUUGGUGUCUGUGAUGAUUUAGGAAAAGUUGCCAAAGAAGCUGAAGCAAGUUUACGCAAACAACGUCGCCUUGUAAGAACUCAAGUCGUAAAACAGAUGAUAGUCGGAGCUAGAGUUGUAAGAGGAAUAGACUGGAAAUGGCGAGAUCAGGAUGGCAUUCCUCCAGGAGAAGGGACAGUGACUGGAGAAUUACAUAACGGUUGGAUUGAUGUUACAUGGGACCAUGGUGGUUCAAAUUCGUACAGAAUGGGUGCUGAGGGCAAAUUUGAUCUCAAACUUGCUUCUGAUCCAGAAACAACUAAUAAACCUGUUUCACCUUCAGCCAAGUCCAGAACAAGUCACAACGAAGGAUCCGUGCUUAGUAAAUCCAGUUCCACCCCAAGUUUAGCCGACAAUGCUGAACAGUGUAAGGUAUCUGUCGCAAGUACUGAUCAAGCCACAUCUGCCGAUAACUUGGCUGCUAAGCAAGCUGCCGCAGCCCUCACAGAUAGCGUUCUGUCUAUGUCGGUUGCCAGAGCCGGAGCGAUUGUGGCCACAAAUGACAUGUUGGCAACAGACCUAGCUACAAUAGUUGAAGCGAUACCCAUACAAGAUCUUUCAAUCCGAGACCACGAUUCUUCUAAUAAUAUGGUAAAGAGAAGCAGUUUGGAUAAUUGUAGCGGCAAGGCUAAUAUUCACCAGAAUAACACUGCAGUAACUUCUUUGAUGGGAAAACCAUUCUUCCAGACAAAAAUAAAUAAAUUCAGUAGCUGCUGUGAAGACAACGGUGAAAGAGAAAAGGGCACUGACAUCCUCCGAAACAACACCAACAGCUUCCUUUCAGGUGAUCUGCUCCCUUCAUCUCUUCUUGUCGGAACUUCUUCGCCAGGCCUCGUAUCAAGCACCCUACAACAAUCAGUAAAAAUUAACGUGUCAAGUGGUAGUGACUUGUCAGAUCCAAAGGAUGAAAAAUCUCUGAGAUACAAAAUUAAACAACCCCUAAGUGAAAUGUCUUGCAAAAAAGAAAAAUGUGACAGCAAAGAAAAAGAUAGUCGAGGUGCGAACCCUAUGAGUAUAUCAGUUCCCAAUCUAACCUGUACUGCCAAUACCGCACCCUUGGAGCAAGGCACCGGCACUGGUCUUUUGGAAACAUUUGCAGCUAUGGCUCGUCGUCGCGGUAACACUAGUAAUUCAGCUGCCAAUAACACCGCUAAUUCUAAUUCCAAUUCGAAUCCUGUCGCAAAUCUUUUCCCCAGAGGGCAAAGUUCUGUCACCAGCUUAGUUAGGCUUGCAUUGUCCUCCAACUUUCCAGGUGGUCUGUUGAGUACAGCUCAAAGCUACCCUUCAUUGACGACCGGAGGAGGCGGUGGAAGUGGCCAUGCACCCGGGCCUCAAUGUCAAGCUCUUACGAUGAGCCUCACGUCUACAUCGAGCGACAGCGAACAGGUUAGCUUGGAGUGGUGCCUGCAGGACUUCCUAGAGAGCUGCAGGGCCCCGACACUUCUCGCCGAAUUGGAGGACGAUGAAAUGGGAGACGAUGAAGAAAAUGAUGAAGAAGAGAAUGAAGACGAUGAUGAAUAUACUGGUGAAGUCAUGGUCGCAAUCAAAUCCAACGAAAACAAGAAAGUCAAAGUGAAGACAAUCACAAGUCAUUGUUUGGUGAAGUAUCCAAUAAUUGAGGAUGAUGGCUACGAAAGCAGGAAUACUGGUGGCGGGCCUACAAGCGGAGGUACUAAAAGACGUUCUUGGGAUGAUGAAUUUGUCUUGAAAGGACAAUUUUCUGCUCUUAUCCCUGCAUUCGAUCCAAGACCAGGCAGAGUGAACGUGAACCAAACAACAGAUUUAGACGUCCCUGCUCCAGGACCCGAAAAUUCUUCAGACCAAGCACCGCUCCUGGAACAAACUUCUCAUAGGCCUAAAUUACAGCUGCAUCUAAAAGGGCCAAACAUACCUGGGGUACAAGAUGUUGAAAUGGAACUUUCAAAUCCCCAAUGGACAAUAUUCCGUGCUGUUCAAGAACUGAUUCAACAAACAGAUCUUGGAACUCGUCAAGAUAAAAUGCGCAGAAUAUGGGAACCUACUUACACGAUUAUCUAUCGUGAAGUUUCUUAUGAUGAAACAAGUAGUGAAAAAGACGGUGGCGAUCAGACACCGGUAAUAUCUGGUAAAAGAAGAUCAUGGCUUGGUCCAUGCUCUCCUUCCACUCCUACACCCACGCACACUACUUCCUCUUGCACGGUCGAGCAGGUCUUGGAUCUGUUGAAACAUCUCUACGUUCUUACUCAGAGGAAGGAGGAGCCUACUUAUUUCGACGAUUUGAACGAUGGUGUGCUCAUUAGCCGAGAAGAUAUGCAGAGUAAAAAACUUACAAAUAAAUUGGUCCAACAGCUGCAGGAGCCUCUUGUUCUAUCUUCUGGUGCGCUUCCUCCAUGGUGCGAACAUCUUUGCCAGGAAUUCCCAUUCCUUUUCCCGUUUGAAACGAGGCAUCUUUAUUUCACAUGCACAGCCUUCGGACCAUCUAGGUCCAUCGUUUGGCUCCAGAGCCAAAGAGAUGUUUGCCUAGAAAGGCAGAGGACACCAGGUCUUUCUCCUCGACGUGAUGAUCCCCAUGAGUACAGGGUCGGUCGACUUAAACACGAAAGAGUCAAAGUUCCUAGAGAGGGUAAUACCUUAGCAUGGGCCUACCAAGUCAUGUCUCUACACGCAUCAAGAAAAUCUAUCCUCGAAGUUGGUUUCCAAGGAGAGGAAGGAACUGGUUUAGGACCUACUUUAGAGUUCUAUGCCUUAGUAGCCGCAGAACUUCAAAGGAAAGAUUUAGGUAUAUGGCUAUGUGAUCUUGAAAUAUUUUCCAACUCUAACAACAGCACAAGUACAAUGGAUUAUUUGGAUGAGAAAGUCAAACCACCCGGAUAUUAUGUUCGUCGCCCUGGCGGUCUUUUCCCCGCACCAUUACCUCAGGAUUCAGCUCAUUGCGAUGCCGCUGAAAAGCACUUUUGGUUUCUGGGCGUGUUCCUUGCCAAAGUACUCCAGGAUAAUAGGCUUGUCGAUUUGCCUUUAUCUCACCAGUUCCUCAAACUUCUGUGUCAGGGUGAUAGACUUCAUGCUCCGACUGAUAGAUUUGGCCGCUUGACAAGAACACGAAGCGGUGACGAUGACGUCAUGCUGACAUCCAUUAUUUCAGACAUCAGUGAGAAGGAAUUGGAACUAGAUCCUCCUAAAAUUACAGCACCUAAAGACAAACCUUGGAUCAGCGGUUUGCUAACAAUGGAUGAUUUAAAAGAAAUAGAUCCUGCCAGGGGUAGAUUUCUUACAGAACUGACAGAGUUGGCUGCUCGAAAGGCUAGAAUCAUGACUGAUAAUAGUUUGUCAGUCGAGAGCAAAGCCCGCCAAAUACAAAAUCUUGCCUACACAUGCUCCGCUGCUGGUCAGCCCGUUCCCUUGGAAGAUCUAGCCAUCACGUUUACUUAUCUUCCUAGCUUAAAUGUUUAUGGUUUCUCGGCUGCAGAUCUUGUUCCAAAUGGUUCCGAUAUAGAGGUAAAAAUGGAGAACUUGGAAGAGUAUAUAGAUUCUAUGGUUGAGUUCUGUUUAGAGCGUGGGAUAGCAAGGCAAAUGGAAGCAUUUAAAAAAGGAUUUUCUAGAGUUUUCCCUAUUGAAAAACUCAGGGCAUUCACUCCAGCUGAAGUAAGAUUAAUGCUUUGUGGUGAUCAAAAUCCUCACUGGACCAGAGAAGACCUUAUUAACUACACAGAACCUAAAUUAGGUUACACUAGAGAAAGUGCUGGGUUUUUGAGAUUGGUGAAUGUUCUCGUAAGCCUCAACGGGGAAGAAAGGAAGGCAUUCUUGCAGUUCACAACCGGUUGCAGCUCCUUGCCUCCUGGUGGGUUGGCCAACCUCGUGCCGAGGCUCACGGUGGUUAGGAAGGUGGACGCCGGAGAAGGAUCUUACCCGUCCGUCAACACCUGCGUCCAUUAUCUUAAACUGCCCGAUUAUCCUACGGAAGAAAUACUCAAGGAGAGGCUUUUGACCGCCACCAGGGAAAGAGGAUUCCAUCUGAAUUAGAAUCCUUUAAACUAUGAUUUAGUCAACCUCUUGGUCUAUUCUAAAGUUUAUUAGUUUUUCAUUUUUUACAUAUGAUCUUUUUAUCUUAAGCUCUAUUGCAUCUUAUUAGUAAAUGAUAAACUGAAUAUUUUUAUUUUUAUUUUAGAGAAUGAGAUAAACUUCGUGUUUCCUCAUUAAUUUUUAUCUUUUUUUUUAAUUAUAAUUUUUUUUUUUUUAAUUAAAUCUGUAGACAAACUUUAUGAAACCAAUGAUUUUUUUUUCUUUUAUUAUGAUGCUUAACCAGAAUAGUGAUGUGUUUUCUCUUAAGUGUUGUGUUGUUGGAUCAAAGCGAACCAAAGGUCUGUUUAUUAUUAGAUUAAUAUAAUUUUUUUUUUAAAGAAUAGAUAAUUUGGACUGUUUAGGUCACUUACAGAAUGAUUCGAGUGUGUUUUUUUAAAAAUUAGAUAAGAAGAUAAAAAAUAUAAAUGACACAAAAUUUAAUAUUUUUCACAUUUUACCUUUAAAACUAAUAACUACUAAAUUUAAAAAUAAAAAAAAUAUUUUGUGUAUGAAGUAUAUCUUGUGAUUAUGAACUAAUUUUUGAAAUGAUUUUGUAAGUUUGAAAAUAACGUUUGCCAGUAUCACAUUCCAUUUCUUUUUUCUUUUUUGUUUUCUUCAAUCAGGCCAAUACUCUUAUGUUGAUUAUUUACUUCAAAAGUCUUAGAGAACGAUUAAAAAGUUGUUGAGGAAUUUACUUAUAGACAGAUUUAAGAUUACGUUUGAAAUCAAAAAGAAAAUUUUAAACGUUCAAUUUGAAACUUUUCUAAAUUUUUUUUAAAAUAAACAAUACAUUUUUUUUAAAUUCCUUGACCUGGUUAGAAAACUUCACCUGCUGAGUGAAUCUGUUGUAAAUAAUUUGAGGCUGUACCAUCGAUCUUAUGAUCGCUUAGCUUAGCGGUGCUUUCUAUUCUGAGUGAAAGAAACUGUUUUUACUUUAUUGUUGUGUUUAUUAAAAACGAAGUAUUUUGCGUGAACAAGUAAAUGCAGUUUCACUUGUGAAAUUUUGUAGCUAGUCCUCUUGUAGAGAUAUAAAAAGUAUAUUAAUUUUUUGGAAGUUAACGUAAUUUAUUUUAUUUUUGGGAUUAUUUGAAGAUUCUUGUGCCUUACUGCAUGUGCUCUCCUGCUAAAACAGUAUGGUAAUUAUAUAAAGUUGUUUUUUAUAUGUGUUUGUGUGUAUGAAAAAAUGGAUCCACACGAGUACCCAAAUGUGUAAAUAAAAAAAAAUAUAUAUAUAUAGAUUAUAAAUAUUCAUUCGGUAUUAUUGGUAUACAUGUAUAUGUAUAAAUGUAUAUGUAUGUGUGUGUAUAUAUGAAUUUAUACAUAUACAUAUAUAAUAUAAAGUGUUAAGACACUCAUACAUAUACUCGGUUAUAUGUGUAUGUGUGUGCUAUUAGUAAAUAACCUUUAGUUAUAAUUUAGAUUAUUGUAAAUAGAAAUAUAUACAAAUAUUAUGAUGUAAAUUUGAGAAUUAAGAAAAAAAAAAAUAAAAGAGAUAUAUAAGUUUCUAGUACUAUGGUGCUUAAGCACAUAAUGUUGAAGCAAAUUGUUUAUCUAGAUGUAUGUUCCACUUUUCUUUGUGAUCUUAUGAGUAUGUGAUGGGUUAGGCGUUAAGUUUUAAGUUGUUUGAAAAACUAAAAAAAAAUUAAUAAAGCAAAAUAUUUUCCAAAGAUGAACAAUUUUUUUUGUUUUGUUUUUAACUACCUUUUCGUAAUAAGUAUCAGUAUGUAAAUAAGGAAAGGCAAAACAGUUCAGUUCCUUUUUAUCCUCUGUUUCUCAACCGUUUUUUUUUUUAAU